GCCUCGGUCAGCGCCGGUGGCCCGCACACCGAGACGCGGCUCGUAACGCGGCAUGCGGCCCGCGCUUGCCGCACUCGCGGCUUGCUGCGUGGUGGCGCGCGCCGAGCCGCCACUCGUCACUUCCGCCCCCCGGAACUCUACCCCUCACCGCGUGCUCCAGUGCUCCGACGGACUAAUCCUGCCAGCUUGGCGCCCUUUGGAAGAUGUCUCAACUUUGGAAAUCGCGCUUCGCGGCAUCAUUUACUUUGUCUCUCUCAUGUAUCUCUUCAUUGGCGUUUCUAUCGUCUCGGACCGCUUCAUGGCCGCUAUCGAAGUUAUUACUUCGAGAGAGAAGGAGGUGCGCGUGCGACGGAACGGCAGCGAGCAGAUUGUUGUCGUUAGAGUUUGGAAUGAGACGGUUGCCAAUUUAACACUGAUGGCUCUAGGGUCUAGUGCACCUGAGAUCCUAUUAUCGGUUAUAGAGAUAACCGGAAAGAACUUCGAAGCUGGUGAAUUAGGGCCUGGAACAAUCGUGGGUUCGGCCGCUUAUAACCUGUUCGUAAUUAUCGCCAUCUGCGUCGGUGUGAUACCUGACGGGGAGGUGCGAAAAAUUAAACAUCUUAGAGUAUUCCUGGUGACUGCAACUUGGUCAAUAUUUGCGUAUGUGUGGCUAUAUCUUAUACUAGCAGUGAUAUCUCCAAGUGAAGUCGAAGUAUGGGAGGGAGCUGUCACCUUCCUUUUCUUUCCGGCGACAGUGAUGACAGCUUACAUUGCGGAUCGGAGGCUACUUGUCUAUAAGUAUUUGAAGAAAGGAUAUCGGGUGAACGAACGCGGUGUUAUUGUCGAAGGUGAAGGUGAUGGCUCGGUAGAAAUGGCCUUGAAACCAGGAGGUGAUGAUUUUGCGUCAGAUGAUGAGGAAGGGCGUGAACUGGACAAAUCACGCAAAGAAUACAUAACAGUAUUGCGCGAGCUGAGAAAACUGCAUCCUCAUGAAGAUAUUGAAACGGUAGAACGUAUGGCUUUGGAGGCUUUGAUGGCUCGUGGCCCAAAAUCACGCGCAUUUUACAGAGUAGCUGCAACGAGAAAGAUGACUGGUGGAGGAGAUUUUUCACGCAAAAUAUCAGAACGAGCUCAGAGUGAUCUCAGUGAAGUCAAAGCAGAGUUGCAGCGCAGAGAAUCUAGUUCACCGUCAAUGGAGCAACGCGGUCCAACUAUUCGAUUUGACCCAGAUCAUUACACUGUCAUGGAAAAUUGUGGAUCGUUCGAAGUGAGAGUUGUCAGAAGUGGCGAUUUGUCGGGAGAAGUAACUGUGCAGUAUACAACUGAAGAUGGAACAGCUGAAGCAGGAUCAGACUACGUGGCCACACAAGGAACUUUGGUCUUUGGACAUGGCGAAACAGAGAAGACAUUCACAGUUCAAGUAAUCGACGAUGAUGUGUUCGAAGCUGACGAGUAUUUUCAUGUGCGUUUGACAGCUCCGCGCGGGGCGACGCUGUCCUCGCCAUCGACGGCGACGGUUGUUAUUUUGGAUGACGACCAUUCGGGUGUGUUUUCUUUUCCUCAAAGGGAUUUUGAACUGACCGAGUCCGUGGGGACAUUCGAUCUGCGUGUUGUGCGAACGGCAGGCGCGAGGGGGAGAGUGCGAGUGCCAUAUUGGACGGAAGAUGGUACUGCUAAGAGCGGAUCGCAGUAUGAGUCUGAUCAGGGAUACGUCAUUUUCGAGAACAACGAAGCUGAAAAAUUCAUCCCCCUCCACAUAAUAGAAGAAGACAGCUACGAAAAAGACGUGCUGUUUUACGUGAAUCUCGGCGACCCAGAGUUGGUUGGAGACGUUUUUGAGACGUUCAUCCCGGAGGCUGAAGCUAAUGUCGCGGUACAGUUUUCACCAG